AUGGAGUCUACGUUAGACACGACUUCACUCUCGACCAUUCUCCUAUUCGAGUCACGGCUGCACCGUCUCGAGCACAUCUUAUACGGCGAACCGACACCAAACCGGACGGCAGAGGACGCUUCCAUAGCAGAAAAACUCGAAGAUCUAGAGCGGCGGUUUGCAUCCCUGGUCACCCACGUCAGAGUUUACAAUGAACUCUUCAAGAUUUAUAAAGCCUACCCGUCACUAUUCCUCGACCCGGAGCCGUCCACACCUCCGCCAGACAUGCCCCUUGACGCUGUCAAAUCCAUCGUUCUAGCUUCGGCGUCAUCCUUCCCUGCGACGGAGUCCGCUCUAAGAGCGGUGAAUGACUGCCAAGUCCCAGACCCUGCGCAGAGCGCGGCGUUGAUCUCGCAGAUGGAGAGGAUGAAGGCCCUCGAGACGACGCAACUCGCGCAGGCAGCGGAGAUUGCGGAACUGCGGACGCGAAGUGAGAAAGUUAUCCGCGGUUGGUAUGAGGAUAACGCGUUGGCCUCGUCUGAGUUCAUCGCGGAGAUGGAGCACCGGGUUUCCUUGGUAGAGAGAUUGGUCAGGCGAGCGGAGAAGGAGGAGGAAUCACAGGGCAUAUGA